AUUCUUUAACUUAAAAUGGCAAACCAGUCUAUUCCAAACUCUACGUUUGUUGGAUUAAACAAUACAGGGAACACGACAUAUGAUGACUACGAUGGAGGGAAUGACUAUGGUGAGUCGGACUACGGUGGAGAUAACUAUCAUUACCCGGAUUACUACUCAGAUUUUUACGCUCACACAUACGAAAUCGCAGGAGAAUGGGAAGUUCCAAUACGAGGCUAUUUAACAUUUUUCAUAGCUCUCAUUACCAUAUUAACCAACAUUUUGCUCAUAUCUGUUUUCAUCUUUCGGAGUUCACGGUCUCCUACUACAAUUGUUUUGACAUCACUAGCAAUAUCAGACUCAGUGAUAUGUAUUACAAAAUUACCGGAAGCAAUUUAUUUCAACAUGGCCGAAAACUACAAGAAUCCCUACAUGACUUACCAAUGGUGCAAGGCUAAUCACGUGCUGUACGUUAUUUACCAAAUCUGUAGGAUGACGUCAAAUUGGUUUACAGCUAUGCUUGGUGUACAACGAUUGCUUGCUGUAGCUUUGCCUUUCAAAUACAGCAAAUUAUGUAGUAAUGUAGCGACAUCUGUAGAAAUUGCAGUUAUAGUUUUUGUUGCAUUCUUGCUUAAUCUCUACGAAGCCCUCGGAAUAUACAUUGCAGAACUUCCAAUUUAUACAAGUAGGUAUUAUAAUGAGUCUCUGCCUUCAGGUUGCAUAAGAGAUACUUCGCUCGGUCUGACCAAAGCUUUUGGCGAUCCCACAAAGUCCAAAAUGAUAUUUUUCAUUUUUUCUGGACUCCUUUAUCGUGUACUUCCGGUUAUUAUCCUCAUCUUCACCACUGUGACAUUGGCCUACUUUUUAUUAAAACGACAGAAAAUGGGAGCUGCUGUUGCGCAAAGAAAAGCCCAGAUUCAGAGGAUGACAGGACUGAUUUUUCUUAUUCUGGUGGUAUUUCUAGUUGCCGAGAUUCAAGAUGGCAUUGCAUACUUUAUCUAUGCAGCUGAGCUAGCUCGCAACUCAAAAAGAUCAAUUUUGUCAAAAGAAGCUGACAUUAUGUGGGACACGAUUUCCACACUUUUGUCUUUAAUUAGUUACGCAUGCAAUUUCUGGAUAUUUUUCUUCAUGAGUCAGCAAUUUCGUUCGGCUCUACUGGAUAUAUUUAAAUCCGGAGUCCGGAGGGCUCACGUCUACUUAAAUUUGGAAGCUUCGGAAGAUGGAAGCAGUGCUAAUGCCCAAAGUACAAGCAUAACGAGCAAAGAUGUUAAAAGUACUCUGGUUUAACUUUUAUUAGCAUGCAUUUGCCAAACCAAUACGACUUUUUUCUUAGUUUUCAUUUGACACUUGCAUAGGCCAGUUUUAACGGGACCAAUAUCAUCAAUCCAAAUGAUUUAUAAUAAAUUAAGAGUCGCGUACAGCAUAGGUCGAUGGAUUGA